AUGGCAGACAAAGUGCACCACCCGUCCUCCCUGCCGGAGUUGCAGGCCCUGAUGUCCAGCACGACGUACGUGGCUGUGGACUUCUUCGCCGACUGGUGCCCACCUUGCAAGCAGAUCGCCCCGAUUUGGACCAAGCUGGCAGAGCAACACACCGUCCCCGGCCAGCUGGCCUUUGCGAAAGUGAACGUGGACCACGCACAGGAUGUUGCCCGCGCAUACCGCGUCACGGCCAUGCCCACAUUCAUGUUCUUCAAGGAAGGGAAGCAGGUCGCCGUCCACGGUCAGGCCAUGAUCCAAGGCGCGGAUCCUAGGGCGAUCAUGGCGGCUGCGGAGAAGCUGAACGGGUUGGCGAAGAAGCGGGCUGCAGAGGCUUGA